AUGGCAUCCACUUCUCUGACUGCUAUAAUCACUGGCGGCGCCAGUGGCAUGGGCCUGGCGGUCGCUGAAGCGCUCUCAAAGAGAGGCAAUUGGAACGUCCAUCUCUUCGAUAUGAACGUCGAAAGCGGCAACAAGGCAGCUGAGCAACUUGGGGCUGCUUUCCAUCAAGUCAAUGUGACAGAAUACUCAUCUCUUGCCGGAGCUUUCAAGGAUGUUUUCAAAACUACGAGGAGACUGGACUUUGUGCAUGCGAAUGCCGGAAUAAUGGAGCGUGGAGACUUCUACAAGGCUUACGACACUGGAGAUGAGCCUCCUCCACCCUUUAGUCCGAUAGUCAUCGACAUCAACACCACCGCUGUCAUCAAUACUAGCUAUCUCGCGCAGCAUUACUUUCGUCAGACUUCUAAUGAUGGGAGGGGACCACGGAGUCUAGUGGUGACUGCGAGUUGCGGAGGGCUGUAUGCUGUUCCAGCAUCUCCUGUGUACGGCAGCUCGAAGUUUGCUGCGCUAGGAUGGACACGGAAUAUUGCUGGACCCAUGUGGGAGAAUGAUGGUGUUCGGGUGAACGCCAUCUGCCCUGGUGCCGUCCGUACCAAUCUGCUCGCGGCAGAUGCAUGGAAGAAUUUCCCGCAAGACAACUUUGUACCCAUGGAGAAGAUUGUGGAGGCCGUCCUGAUGCUAUUGGAUGGUGACGGGAAGCAGGCCAACGGUGCCUCAUCAGGCAAGCCGUUGGUAGGCCAGACGGUGGAGCUCUCGGGUACGAAGUAUUACUUCCGACAGCAGAGCGAGUACUGCGAUGAAGGUAUGGCUGCGACCAUGGGUUCGAAUGGUGUUCAAGGGUAG